UGCCGCUUGACGCUGCUGUUGUGUGUUAGCGUAGCUUCGCUGCGCAACUGCGGUUAUCAUGUCUUUCCAUCUGCGCUUCGUGUUUCUCCGGGACGGACUACAUGGAUAACUUUGCCCCAUGUGUCGUCCGACAGUUCGGCGUCAUUUGACGGUGACGAGGCUGCCGCCGAGGAGCACAGCGGGCGUCCUUGUGAUUGGAGGGUUAGCCGCUUAGCCGCGCUCCAGCGUCAGACUGCAGGAUGGCCGCUCCUUUUAAGAUUCCCCGGAAGAAAGACACCGCAGAUUCCUCCCGCAUGCACGUGCAGUCGCCGCUGUCCCGCCUCCACAGCCCCUACUCUCAUCCUCAGGGUUAUGAGGACCAAUCUGGUCGAGGUGUCAGGAUGCAUGCUGGGAAAGCCGAGGGUUCCUCUUCAGACACACAGAGGGCGCCGCGCCAGCCGCCCCUCCCUGACUUCAUGAAGUCGCUCUUCAGAUUCAACGGAACAGGCGGUGGCAGAGGUACUGCAGCCAAUCACAGAGCACCUCAAGGCCCAAGUGGCCCAUCACAGCAGAGAGGACGGUCUGAGUCAUCAUUCUCAAACGGGUGGCGCCCAAAGAGAGCGUCAGACCGACUGCUGUCUCCGGAGAGGGAGAAAUCUGCACCCUCAGGAGCCCCGAUGGACAGAGUCCUCUCUGUUGACGCCGUCGACUCACUGGCUGCGUUGAGAGGAGCAAAGCAUACUGGGAGUUCUUCAAAAGAUGACCAAAAGAAGUGGGGCGCUGCCUUGGAUGAGAACAGCUCGUCUGAGGACGACUUCCGGUCUCCGCCACGACCCUCCUCCUCCUCCUCCGUCUCCAUGACGACCGGCGGCGGCGGCAGCAGCCUGCUGCUGGAGGACGUGAGGGAGCGACAGCGAGCCCGCUGGCAGGAGUUUAGAGAGAAGAGGGACAGGAGGAGCCAUUCCGGCGCCCCCAAGCACAAACGCAGGCCCAGCGAGCCGAUUGUUCUUUCCAGUGAAGACGAGGACAAAGACACGACGACGCCGAGCGGCCGGCCGAGCGGCGCACAGCGCUCGUCCAAGGCUCUGAAGUCGUCGAGUUUUCCGGCAGCGGCGCCGACCUUCCUGCAGCUCGACUUCCUGUCGCUUCACAUCGGCCCGAUGGACGCCAGCGCCAACGGAACCGUGACGAUCAGCGAGAGCGGCAUCACAAUUCCUCUGAAAGGGUCGGAGGAGGCGGAGGAGGUGGAGGUCACUGUGGUGGCGUCUCAGCUCCGGGGCUACGGCGUCUGGGACGGGGGCGUGGUCAGGGACCGGCCUCUGCUGGCGGCCUGGAAAGGCCCCGCCCCCUCGCUGCUGUUCCUGUGGGUGACGAGCGCCCAGGCCAACGUGCUGCAGAGAGAGCUGGUCACUGCGUGGAGCGACGGCGCAGCCGGCAUCAGGGAAACGGCAGCAGGUCCUCCCUGCUGCUUCCUGCUGCUGGUGCUGAAGGAGCAGCUGCAGGAGCUGCAGGCGGCUCUUCUGGCCUCCAUCCUGGACAUGAGGGAGUACCAGAGGGGCCGCUCCUCGUCCUCCUCCUCCUGCGGGGGUCCGGACUCCCCUCUGGACUGGGCCGGCGGCCUCCUGCUGCUCCACAGCAGUCUGUCUCCUCUGGACCAGCACCUCCUCAGACUCCUGGGACACUCGACGUCAGAAGAGACGAGCGGCGGCCAGAAGACUCGCUCGGCUCUGCAGACGCUUCCGACCAGGCUGAUCCAGUACCCCAAGGCCCCGUGCAAAGGCCGGAUCACCGUGACCCGGGAGGACCUGGUUUGUCUGAACCACGGCGAGUUCCUCAACGAUGUCAUCAUCGAUUUCUACCUCAAGUACCUCCUGCUGGAGGGCGCGGGCGGCGCGGUGGCUGAGCGGAGUCACGUCUUCAGCUCCUUCCUCUACAAGCAGCUGAGCAGAGGGCGAGGGCCCGGCGAGGACGACGCCCCCUCCGUCCCCGACCGUCGAAUGAGACAUCAGCGCGUCAAGACGUGGACGAGACACGUGGACAUUUUUGCCAAAGACUUCCUGUUUGUCCCCGUCAACCAGGCAGCUCACUGGUUCCUGGUGGUGGUCUGUUUUCCGGGUCUGCAGGAGUCUCGAUAUGAAGACUUUGAGCGACCGUCCAGACAGUCUAAUGGAGGUUCAGAGAGCAGAGUGCAGCAGCAGCAGCAGCAGCUUCCGGAGUGCACGAUGCAGGGAUGCGCCAGAGACACGGUGUUGAAGAGGCCGUGCAUCCUGGUCAUGGACUCCCUGAAGCUGUCGUAUCACCGGACCGUCUGCAAACUCAUCAGAGACUACCUGCAGGUGGAGUGGGACGUCCGCCGCCGCACGCCCAGACUGUUCACCGAGGAGACCAUGAGAAGCUGCAGCUGCAGAGUUCCCCUGCAGGACAACAGCAGCGACUGCGGCGUCUACCUGCUGCAGUACACACACAGCUUCCUGCAGAACCCCGUGGUGCACUUUGACCUCCCGCUGCGACUGGACGGCUGGUUUCCGCGGCAGUGCGUGCGGCAGAAGCGUGAGGAGAUCCGCAGUCUGAUCCUGAGACUGAAGGAGGAGGCGGACAGGAAGUGACGCCCCCUGUACAUAGCUUUAUACAAUAAAUGGAAUUAUUUAUUUUA